UCGAACAAUGCGCAUGCGUACUACGAGGCAGCCGAGUCGGGGAGAGAGAGCGCCCUGUUCCUUCCGUAGCCGAGCUGAAUGCAUGCCGCCCCUUGCGCAUGCGCGCUAAGCAACUGAUGCUGGGGCGCAUGCGUAGUAACUAAACGGACAUUGAGUUCGCUUUUUUCCUUCUCCUAGCCGCGCAUGCGCAUGAUGCUUAAAGAGCCCGCUGGGUUGUGUUCCCACCCGGAAGCAGGUUGAAUGGGUUUCCGGUCCUUUCUCAAGCCCCCCCUCCCCCCGCUUCAUUGGUUCCAGGGAAAAUAAUUCCGCCUCUUGUUCUUCCCUCAGAGGGGGGAAAAGCUUUGGCCGCUAUGGCGGAGUCUGAGGACAUGAUGGAGCUGCAGCGGGUGGUGAUGGACGAGCUGGGCAUCUCUCUGGACGACCUGAAGCAGAUGAUCGACGAGGAGGUGGAGAAGUCGGAGGAGGUCCAGCGGCGGAAGCGGGAGCUGCAGAGCCUGGAAGAAGUGGUGAAGAAGAAGGAGGCCGAGGUGGCCUACGUGGACGAGCUCCUCGACAACGCCGUCAAGGCUGUGGAUAACUGUGAGGUGCUCUUGAAAGGCGUCUAUGCCAACCUGGGCCUGGAGUACCAUGAGACUGACUCGGAGGAGGAAGACCCUUCUUCCAAACCCACGGAAGUCAUUGAGAUCCCCGACGAAGACGAUGACGACGACGUUAUGAGCAUUGAUUCAGCGGACACAAGCAACAAAACGGCAAAGGAUCAAUCGCUGCUCCGCGAGGCCAUGGCGGCCAUGAGGAAGUCGGCGCAGGACGUCCAGAAGUUCAUGGACGCGGUGAACAAAAAGUCGGGCGGCUUGGACUCUCCAAGAGGGUCUCAACUUGCGAAUCCCGGCUGCGAGCUCAUGCAGGAGGGAGACCUGACCGUUGGGGACCGCGUGCUGGGCAAGAAGCGGACCAAGACCUGGCACAAGGGCACCCUCAUCGCCAUCCAGACCGUAGGGCCGGGGAAGAAGUACAAAGUGAAGUUUGACAACAAGGGCAAGAGCCUGCUGUCAGGGAACCACAUUGCCUACGACGCUCACCCACCCGUCGACAAGCUCCACGUUGGGAGCCGAGUGGUGGCCAAGUAUAAGGACGGGAACCAGGUCUGGCUCUACGCCGGGAUCGUGGCCGAGACGCCCAACGCCAAGAACAAGAUGAGGUUCCUGAUCUUCUUUGACGAUGGCUAUGCCUCCUACGUGGUCCAGCCGGAGCUCUACUUGAUCUGCAGGCCUCUGAAGAAAUCCUGGGAGGACAUUGAGGACAUCUCCUGCCGGGACUUCAUCGAGGACUACAUCACGGCCUACCCCAACCGCCCCAUGGUCUUGCUGAAGAGCGGCCAGCAGAUCAAGACCGAGUGGGAAGGGACCUGGUGGAAGUCCCGCGUGGAGGAAGUGGACGGGAGCCUGGUCAAGAUCCUCUUCCUGGAUGACAAACGCUGUGAGUGGAUCUACCGGGGCUCCACUCGCCUGGAACCCAUGUUCAGCAUGAAAACCUCCACAGCGUCCACACAAGAAAAGAAGCAAGGAGGGCAGAUGAGAACCCGGCCGAAUGUUGGGGCCGUGCGGAGCAAAGGGCCGGUGGUCCAGUACAUCCACGACUUGACGGGGAGCAGUCCGCAGCAGUUCAAACCCGCGGAGCUUCCCCAGAUGCCUCCCUCGACUCCCCAGCCAGCUUCACCCCCCUUGAUCGAAGUGGAUAGUCCCGACAGCCAGCUGUCUCAGGCCAAGAAGCAGCAGGUGGCCAAAAAAAGCACUUCCUUCCUGCGCCCGGGCUCUGUGGGGUCGGGGCCCUCGCCACCCUCAUCUCCCGUCUUGACCGAAACGACUCCGGCCGGACGGACAAACCUCACCCAGCAGUUCCGUUAUUCCGGUGCCCAGCCCUGCAGUGUUCCCGCCCAGUCCUUCCACGGGAUGCUGGACCGGGUGCCCAAUGAGCCCUCCUACCGGGCCCCGGUGGAGAAGCUCUUCUACCUGCCCCACGUCUGCAGCUACACCUGCCUCUCCCGCGUGCGCCCCUUCCUCCCGCACCAGUACCGCAGCAAGAACCCGCUCCUGGUCCCGCUGCUCUACGACUUCCGCCGCAUGAACGCCCGCCGGCGCAUCAACCGCAAGACCGGCUUCCAUGUCAUUUACAAGAGCCCCUGCGGACUCUGCUUGCGUAGCAUGGGCGAAAUCGAGCGGUACCUCUUUGAGACCGAUUGCGAUUUCCUUUUUCUGGAGAUGUUCUGCCUGGACCCCUACGUCAUGGUGGACCGCAAGUUCCAGCCUUACAAACCCUUCUACUACAUCGCGGACAUCACCAAAGGGAAAGAGGACGUCCCGCUCUCCUGUGUCAACGAGAUCGACAACACGCCGCCGCCGCAAGUGGCGUACAGCAAGGAGCGCAUCCCCGGGAAGGGGGUCUAUAUCAACACCGCCUGGGAGUUCCUGGUGGGCUGCGACUGCGAGGAUGGAUGCCGGGACAAAUCCAAAUGUGCCUGCCACCAGCUCACCAUCCAGGCCACCGCCUGCACCCCGGGGGCCCAGAUCAACCCAAAUGCUGGAUAUCAACACAAGCGGUUGGAAGAAUGCCUACCAACAGGGGUUUACGAGUGCAACAAGCGCUGCAAGUGCAACCCCAACAUGUGCAACAACCGCCUGGUGCAGCACGGCCUCCAGAUCCGGCUGCAGCUCUUCAAGACGCAGAACAAAGGCUGGGGCAUCCGCUGCCUGGAUGACAUCGCCAAGGGCUCUUUCGUCUGCAUCUACGCAGGGAAAAUCCUGACUGAUGACUUUGCCGACAAGGAGGGCCUGGAGAUGGGCGACGAGUACUUUGCCAACCUGGACCACAUUGAGAGCGUGGAGAACUCCAAGGAGGGCUACGAGAGCGAGGCCAAGUGCUCCUCUGACAGCAGCGGGGUCAACCUCAAGGACGACGACGACAACUCGGGCUCAGACGACCAGGAGGAGUCCAACGAGGACAGCUCGGACGACAACUUCUGCAAAGACGAGGACUUUAGCACCAGCUCCGUCUGGCGCAGCUAUGCCACCCGCCGCCAGACCCGAGGCCAGCGAGAGAACGGGGUCUCAGAGACCGCCUCCAAGGACUCUGGGGUGGUCCGGCAGGUCAGCAACGAGGAGGGCCUGCCCUGCAAGCCCCCCGUCUCCGAGGAAACCUCCAAAAACAAGGUGGUGUCCUGGCUGAGCACCAACCCCAUGGCGGACGGGAUGCAAGAUGGCGACAGCCGCUCCUCCUUGAGCCUCCACGAAACGGGGGCCGCCCCGAAGACCGAAGCGACGGAGAGUGAGAAGCGGUUUCCCAGAGGGGCCGCCCCAAAGAGGAACUACGGCUACAACCCCAGGCCCCCCGUUCCUGAAGGGAUCCGGCGGCCGUUCAGCAAGACUGCCAUGCUCCAGAGCCAGAGGCAGCCAGAAGUUCAAACGGAAGCCAAAGACGACGUACUAAUGCUCUCCAGCAGCACCGACAGCGACGGGGACAACAACAACAACGGGAAAGCGAAGGGCAACGACAGCGACGACAUCCAGACCAUCUCUUCCGGGUCGGACGAGGAGCCGGCGCUGGCUGCCGACGGGAAGAAGCCUUCCUCCUCCAUGCUGGGAGCCGUGAAGAGGCAAGUGGCCGUGAAGUCCACCCGGGGCUUCGCUCUGAAGUCCAUGCACGGCAUCUCCAUGAAGUCCACCCAACUGGCCUACGGGGAGAGUGCCAUCGUGCGGAGGAACACGCGCCAGUACUACGACGGGGAGGAGUCCUGCUACAUCAUCGACGCCAAGCUGGAGGGCAACCUGGGCCGCUACCUCAACCACAGCUGCAGUCCGAACCUUUUCGUCCAGAACGUCUUUGUGGACACGCACGACCUCCGCUUUCCCUGGGUGGCCUUCUUCGCCAGCAAGAGGAUCCGCGCGGGCACAGAGCUGACGUGGGACUACAACUACGAAGUGGGGAGCGUCGAAGGCAAGGAGCUCCUCUGCUGCUGCGGAGCCAUCGAGUGCCGCGGCCGGUUGCUGUGAGGCAGGGAACACCAAGGACAGGCCGCUCUGUAAAAACCUAGAGAGAGAAACAACAACCUGGAGUCAAGGAGCCUCCAGUCGCCGUCCCUGUCCUACCACCACUAACACCCUUUGUGUUUUGGCAUCUCUUCUUUCAUGUUGGUCCGUUGACCGCCUUGACGAGGGUGUCUGCGUUUUAAUGUUGUGUAUUGUGUUUGUGGAGGGAGUGUUCCUUCCUUUUUGGUCCCACAGUUGUUUGAAAGCAAUAAAAUGGGCCUUUUAAUGCCUAAA